AUGAAUGCAGAGUUGCUACACGCCAUGGAAGACUUGGUGUUUAAACUUAUUAGCACAAAAAGACAAGCCAUGAUCUAUAACUACAUGAUGGCCUCUAUGCCUAUGCCUCCUGAUCUUCCCUUUCAUGCACCAUCAAACCUUUCAAUUUCCUUGUUUGAGUGCAGUGACUGGUCAUCUCGAAAGGUGCAAGCGAUGGAUGGCAAGAAAUGGAGGUGCUCAAGAGAUGUGCCCCAUCACAAAUACUAUGAGCGCCACUUGCAGAAAAGUCGUUCUUGUUCAAGAAAACCUGUGGAAAUCAAGAACAACGCCACCAACAAUAAUGAGAAGAAAAGCCCCCUUUUGUUUAAUCCGAAAAUUGAUCUAAGUAUUUCUACAUCCUCCAGUAAGAAAAUAUGA